CUUCGUUUUUGUUUUCUUUGUGUUCUAAUAGGAUUGCCAAACUAUAAAACUUACAAAGUAACCGCAGAUGUCGCCGCAAUUCACAAUGUUGCAUUUACACUAGAUUAAUAAUUAUACGUGUCAGUAUUUUUUGUAAUAGUCAUAUAAGAUAUUAAUAAAAGUAUUCAUCCAAUGAACAACAUAUUUGUUUGCUAUAUAAGAAAUCGUUAUAAUGAAUAGAUCCUAACUAAGACAGUAUAAUGUGGCAACAUAUACAUGUGUCUAAAUACCGUUCUUAGCGGGAAUUCACAAUAGAUUUGGGCCGCGUAUAUUGCUGAUUUGUUCUUGUGUUCUUAUUGAUUUUGAAAACAAAAUUUGCUUAUUUCGUAGUAAAAUGGAUAAAAUCGAACGAAAUGAUGGCACUAAUCGUGAUGAAUUGAUUAUGCAGCAACAACGUGAAAUUGAAAAAGAGAUAAGUGAUUCGACACCAUUGGUAAGUGAACAACUGCCUAUAACUUGCCUUAAUGCUGAGUAUCUUGGUGAUGAAGUUUUCACAUCAAAAAUUCAAGAUCUUGCCGGCAAGUAUAAGUUCUUACGACGUACCCGCCCUGACGGUAACUGCUUUUUUCGUGCAUUCGCUUAUGCUUACUUAGAGCAUUUAAUAUCCAACAAAGAUGAAUAUCUACGAUUCAAAGACUUGGCGGAAAAAUCGAAAGAUAAGCUAGUGCAGUUGGGAUUCCCUAGCUUCACGCUAGAGGACUUUCAUGAUACCUUUAUGGAAGUUGUUAAACGAGUAGACCCUGCAAGCGGUUCCACAGAACAAGUAUGUGACGAGCUACAUAAAGUGUUCAAUGAACAAGGCUACUCUGAUUAUGUAGUAGUCUAUUUGCGCUUACUUACAUCCGGAAAGCUACAAGAAGAGGCUGAUUUUUACCAGCACUUCAUUGAAGGCAAUUUUACAAUUGAGGAAUUUCGUCAUCAGGAGGUGGAACCAAUGUAUAAGGAAUCAGAUCAUAUACAUAUUAUUGCGCUCUGUACUGCUUUAGGUGUAGGCGUGCGCGUAGAAUAUAUGGAUCGGGGAGACACGCAUGUGAAGGCGCACGACUUUCCAGAGGGUAGUACGCCAAAAGUGUUUCUAAUUUAUCGACCGGGUCACUAUGAUAUUUUGUAUCCCAAUUAAAAUAUGAACUUAAAGAUAUCAAUGCCUCAAAGCAAGUAGCUAAGCUGCCUACUUCUUUCCUAAGUUGCUAAGAGUAUGUUAAAUGUAUGUAUGUAUAUUAUUUGUGGCGCUAAUUGUAUAUUUGGCAGCUUGGAUUGAUUUCCUCUUUAAUUACAUACAUUAACGAGUUCUAAAUAAUUUUAAAUGAUAUGAUCGUACGAGACAUUUAACAGCAAUUAUAUUUUUUAUUUAUAAAUACAUUGCAAUCAAUUUAUUUUCGAAAAUUUGCGAAAUUUCACACGAGUAAAUUAUGCAGAUAUAUUGCUGUAAUUACUCAUUAAAUUAAUAUUUUCCUAAAAAUACAAAUUAAAACUAAAUGUUCUUAAAACAAUAUAAAUUUGUGUUUUUAGAUUACUAAAGUAAGUUAAAUAAGUACUCUUAUUCCAGUUCUGGCACUACAAUGGGCAGCAAUAAAAACGCAUACAAAUAUAUUUUCAUGGAAUGUAAUAUUCUUAUAGUUUAA